AUGAUACUCGAUGUUCGCACAAGAUGGAACUCUUGUUUUUAUAUGCUUCAACGGUUCAUGGAAUUGGUGUCCAUUGUAGGAUCAAUACUUUUGACUCGACCUGAAGCUCCACUAAUGGUCCCAAGCAGUGAACUGGAUUGCAUUAAAGAAAUGAUAGAAUUACUAUGCCCGUUUGAGAAAUUGACAAAAGAGUUUUCUGGAGAUAGUUACGUAACGGUAAGCAAAGUGAUUCCGCUAGUUAGCUGUGUCCGUGAAGUACUAGAGAACAUAAAACCAAAAAAUGCAAUAAUACUUCAAUUUAAAGAGGAAUUAAAGAAACAAUUAGCUAGAAGAUUUGAUACCCUAGAGCAUUCCUCAAUCCUAGCUAUCUCAACUACUCUUGACCCCAGAUUCAAGUUCAUGCAUUUUAAAGAUUCAGUGGCCAAAAGUAAAGUAUUUAAUUACUUAAAUAAAUUUGUACGGGAAUAUAACAGCUCGCCUGGAGCUGCAACUGCAACAAGAAGUGACACCUCUGAUGAAUCUGAUAAAGAUGAUUCUAAAGAUGAAAAGAGAGGUACCGAAGGCAUUCCGAACAACUACACACAGAACUGA